AUGAAUUUCACUGAGCCAUACAAACAGUCCAUAAACCUUUGCCGGUUUUCCCCCGAUUUAAAAUACAUUGCAACAGUUGUUGAUAGUAUAAUUGUCAUCCGUAAUGCGGACACUCUUCAGGUGUCGCGUGAAUUCAAACAUUCUACUUCCUUACAAUAUAUAGAAUGGUCGCCAAAUUCUUCUUUGAUUUUAGCUGCAAAUCUUAAAAAAGGUGACAUUAUUGUUCGUAAUAUAUAUGAUCCUACAUGGAAAAAAUCGAUAAAGGAAGGUCCAGCCGGCUUACUGAACGUAAAAUGGAAUCUUGACGGUAAAAGCAUCAUGUGUUUCUCAGAUUUUGAGCUUCGGAUAACGAUAUGGUCUUUAAUAACUAAUAAUGGAUACUAUAUACAAGACCCAAAAUAUCACAAUAAAGAAGACCCACCAUGGUUCAUUUUAGCAGAACGUCGUGAAUGUAAAGAUUUUAUAGGUGUAUAUAAAUGUGAUUCUGACGACUGGAAAUUGUUAAAUGUGUUCCAAGUUGAUACUGUAGACUUAGACAACAUAGCGUUAUCACCAAAUGGUCAUUAUAUUGUAGCGUGGGACAAUUGCAUUUGGUACAAAAUUUUGAUUUAUACAUUGGAUGGUCAAUGUUUAGGAAAUUUUUCUAUAGAUGACGAAGGACUUGGUGUUAAGUCUGUCGCGUGGUCUCCUUCGAGUAAACUUGUAGCUGUUGGAAGUUACGAUCAAAAGAUUCGUCUAUUCAACAAUUACACCUGGUCACCAAUAAUAGAAUUAAUACAUGCCGGUCGAAUUAAAAAUCCUAAUCAAUUGAAAAUAUGGAAAGAGGUCAAUGAAUUCAGUAAAGAAUACGGUCGAAAUAUAUCAAAAUACGACCUUGUCGAUGGGCCUUUAGAGGUUCCCUCAAUUCUGAUUGAAGCGAAACCAAAUCCAAAGUUAGGCGUAGGACAUUGCAAAUUUAACUCUAAUGGCCAUUUUAUAGCUGCGAGAAACGAUAAUAUGCCGAAUUGCCUCUGGAUAUGGAAUAUCCCACAUCUAAUACCUGUCGCUUUAAUUAUUCAAUUGAACCCAAUAAAACAUUUUUAUUGGAAUCCUAUUUGGCCAGAUCAACUUUUAAUUUGCUGCGGGAAUGAAUACAUGUAUUUUUGGUGUGGUCUAGAACUUGGAACAGAAAUUAUUGAAGUUCCUAUUGAAAUUAGAGCAAAUGCAGAUGGAAGUGAAGUCAGAAGGCAAAUUCCACCUAGCGUUUACACACGAUAUUCCGAUUUAUUAAGUCGCGUUAAUAAUUUUAGUAUUAUUGAAUCUACUUUACGAGAGGGUGAACAAUUUGCGAAUGCGUUUUUCGAUACAAAUAAAAAAAUAGAGAUUGCUAAAGCUUUAGAUGAAUUUGGUGUUGAAUAUAUUGAACUUACAUCGCCUGCUGCUUCAGAACAAUCAAGGCAAGAUUGUGAAGCAAUAUCUAAGCUAGGACUUAAAGCCAAAAUUUUGACUCAUAUAAGAUGUCAUAUGGAUGACGCCAAAAUCGCUGUUGAAACUGGUGUUGAUGGCGUUGAUGUCGUAAUAGGAACUUCUUCAUAUCUUCGUGAAUUCUCUCACGGCAAGGAUAUGGACUAUAUUGCUGAGAAAGCUACUGAAGUUAUAAAUUUUGUUAAAUCCAAAGGAAUUGAAGUUCGAUUCUCAUCUGAAGAUUCAUUUCGAAGUGAUUUAGUUGAUUUAUUAAGCCUUUAUCGCAUGGUAGAUAAACUUGGUGUUAAUCGAGUUGGCAUUGCUGAUACGGUUGGGUGCGCAAAUCCACGUCAAGUUUAUGAUUUGGUUAGAACUCUUCGUGGUAUUGUUUCAUGUGACAUUGAGUGUCAUUUCCAUAAUGACACUGGUUGCGCCAUAGCUAAUGCUUAUGCUGCUCUUGAAGCUGGUGCGACCCAUAUUGACACUUCCAUUUUGGGUAUUGGUGAACGUAAUGGAAUAACAUCGCUUGGUGGAUUAAUUGCACGUAUGUACACGGCGGAUAAGGAUUAUAUUAAGUCGAAGUAUAAACUCCAUAUGCUUCGUGACCUUGAAAACUUGGUGGCCGAUUCUGUCGAUGUUCAAGUUCCUUUCAAUAAUUACAUUACUGGAUAUUGCGCAUUUACGCAUAAAGCUGGUAUUCACGCGAAAGCAAUUUUGAAUAAUCCAAGUACUUACGAAAUUUUGAAACCAGAAGAUUUUGGCAUGACACGAUACGUAAAUAUUGGCCAUCGUUUAACUGGAUGGAAUGCCGUCAAAAAUCGCGCGGAACAAUUGGGACUUAGUCUUACCGAUGAUCAAGUCAAGAUAAUUACCGCUAAAAUUAAGGAAUUGGGCGAUAUUCGUCCACAAAAAAUGGAAGAUGUUGAUAACUUGUUAAGGGAUUAUCAUUCUGCUCUUAACUCUGGUGAUGAAUCACAGAUUAAAAAUGUUCUGUCUGUUGUCCCUGCAAUUCCGAAACUUAAGGGUUAUAAACCCCCACCAGAAAAACCUGGUGCCGAAGUCGGUAUUGUGAAAGAGCUUCGGCUACCUUCAGCUUCCUCGCCGCCGAAUGUUCAUGAGGAUCUUUCUGAAGAAUUGGCUGCUUAUGAUGCUGAAGAUGUACAUCCCCAAGCCGAAAUUUUGCUUAGUUCCUCGUUUGAAGAACAG